AUGCAAAAGGAAGAACAGGAAGCAAUAAAGGAACGAAAAGAAGCCCUUAAACAGCAAGCACGUGCUACCCAAUCCGGUCUGUCAGCUGCUGUCUCUGGAGCUCCUCAAGAUGGUGGAUCCUCUCCAGGUUCUGGAAGUAGUGUAGGAUCUGGAUCCUCUAGUAGUAGUUCUAGUCAAUCCUCACCUAUACUGACCACUCCUAAACCUGUUGUUGAUGGUAGUCAAGGUAGAGCUGGAGGAAUCACCAUACAGCUUGACAGUAAAUCUCCCUACCCUAUUAACUAUAGCGACAGGAAAAGGAUAAAUGUUUCCCUUUACCUUGAUAUUCCUGUAGUUGGAUAUUCUGCUUUUCAGCACAAACGCAAAGAAAAGGAUUUUACUAUAGAAAAGUUUACAGUUGGAGGAAUAAGGCAAAUCUUCCCAAAAGGAGUUACACCAGCACAGGAUGUUAAGAGCGCAAUAGCGUAUUUUCUCUCCUGUCCGCAAUCUUAUGAUCCUGUUACCAGCAUUCCACUUCUUGUUUACAUAACCGAUGGAAAGAAUCACAAUUGGUAUACUAGGAAAAAGAAAGGCGGUAAUACAUGGAUGAGUGCCUCCAGUUUGUUAGGUAAGAUUCCACAGGAAGCUCACAGCAGCCAUCUUCUUCAGAGUGCUUUAGAGGAAAUCAAACAUAGCACUGGAAUCGACUGUGGGAUUCCACAAGCAUUCAAGUCUAAACAAUUUUCAAGAGAAAACAAUGAGAUAGGGGAUGGUUGGUUGUAUAACUCAGCCAUAGGCGUAAUUCCUCCACUUCUUAAAGAUAGGCGUUAUCUAAACCAUGGACUACCUGUGAAACAAGAUGAAAAUGAUAUUGUAGGUCAAUUAGGAACCAUAAAGCAUAAGCCUUCUGCCACUCAGGUUGAUAAUUCUACUCAACUCUCACCUCAACUAAGUCCUGGUCCUUAUGGAUCUAAAGGACCUGCUGGUAAAGAUGGUGAUAGAGGAGAAUCUAGUCCGGCUGGUGCUCAAGGAGUUACUGGUGAAGGUAAAGCUGAUGGAGCUGAAGAAGGAACUAAUGGUGUAGGUGUUAAUCCUCAAAUUGAAGAUAAAGGUACUGGACCUGCUGCUGAUACUCUUCCUACUACUGAAGUGGAUAAACCUCCUGGACCUGCUAUUGGUCCUACUGCUACUAGUAAUCUUCAAGGUAAUCAAACUGGAAGAGAAACUCCUGGCGCUGGUUCUAAUGCUGCUAGUGGUAGUGAAGCUUCUGGAGCUGGUGAUAGUUCUAAUUCUAGUGACUCUAGUGGUGAAACUACUUCUCAAGCUGCUGCUAUUGGUGCUCCUCAAUCUCCUCCUGAAGGUGCUCCUACUUCUCAACCUUUUGGUACUGGAAUUCUUGAAGCUCCUCUUGGUAUUGGAGUAACCGUUUCUUCUGUUUUUGGUGGAGCUGGUUCUCUUACUGGACUUGGUUGGUGGGCUUAUAAUCGCUAUAAAGGAGAUCCUUGGGUUAGACAGAUUUGA